AUGCCAGGACAGUCCCCGUUCCGGCGUCAUAACUCCACUCCGGUGCAGUUCUUCGUCCUCUCUGCGUACUCUCACCCCGGCUCUCUGCGCUGGCUCUUCUUCUGUGUUCUGCUGUUGCUUUAUGUUCUCAUACUGUUCACCAACGUUCUCCUCAUCGUCGUCAUCGUUGUGAACCGCAGCCUCCACGAGCCCAUGUACAUGUUCCUCUGCAGCUUGUUCCUAAACCAGCUCUACGGCAGCGCAGUUCUCUACCCCUUCCUCCUGGUGCACAUCCUACGAGACUCUCACAUUGUUCCUGCUCCGUUUUGCUUUUUCCAGAUUUAUGUUUUACACGGAUAUGGGAGGGUGGAAUUCUUUACGUUGGCUAGUAUGUCGUACGACCGCUAUGUGGCCAUUUGCCAUCCGCUUCACUAUAAAUCUCUCAUGAGCCGGAACAAGAUGGCUGCACUGAUUUUGUUUCCAUGGACAUAUGGUUUGUUAAUGAUGGGUGUUAUGAUCAGUCUGAGUUCAUCAUUGGAACUUUGUAAUAAUGUUAUUGAUAAAGUUUACUGUGAUAAUUACCCCAUAGUAAAACAGGCCUGUUACGACACCUCCAUUAUUAACAUUUACGGCAUUGUGGGCAUUUUUAAUGUUAUAGUUUUCCCAUUUGUCACCAUUUUGUACACUUACGCCCGCAUACUCCGAGUGUGUCGCCGCUCCCCGGGGCAGACGUGGCACCGAGCCGUUCACACCUGUGUGCCUCACCUGGCCUCAGUCCUUAACUUCACCGUGGCCGUGUUUUUUGAGGUCCUUCAGGGGCGCUUUGACAUGAGCCACCUCCCAACUACGCUACGCAUUUUCCUGUCGCUCUACUUCCUCCUGUGUCAGCCGCUCUUCAACCCUGUAAUCUACGGUUUAGUUUUGACCAAAGUACGACUCAUCUGUAAAGCCUUACUGUUCAAAUACAUCCAGAAAGGCUUGUGGUUGAGAUCCAAGAGGCAAAAGUAA